AUGUCCUCCACAUCAGACUCAACUCCAGAAUUUUUAAGUGUUGAACUAUCACACUCAACUCCAAUAGAACCACAUAUUCCACAAACUAAUAAAAAUUUAAAAAAUUACAGUACUUUAGAUCCAAAAUAUAAUCAAUCAUAUUCAAGUGAAAUCGAAUACGGAAGAAAUUUAACUGAUCUGCCUAAUCAAAAUCAAACAGAUUCAAUUUUAUUAAAUAUUGAUACGAAUGAAUUAACUGAUUGUUUGAUAAGUCCAGAUUUAAAAGCUUUAAAUAAUAAUACAGGAAAUAAUUAUGAAUUUAUAAGUUCUUUGGAUUUACAAAAUUUAGGUGAUAAUUAUGAUGAAAAUAAAAGUGAAAUAACUUCAGUUAAUAAUGUUUUAAAAUUUUUAGGAAAUAGUACUGGGUUGAAAAGAAGUAUUACAAAGGAAUAUAAUACAUUUGAUGAUUAUAUUGUUAACAUGUUUCUGGAAGAUAACAAUAACAAUAGAGAUGAAAAAUUUAUUGACUUUGUGAAUGAUGCUUUUAAUGAUUUAUUAGAUUUUGAGUCAACAAUUCAAGAUUUAAAUUCAAAAAUUAAACUUGAUUCAAUUGAACUUGAAACUAUUUCAAUUCAAUUGAAUCUGAUCAAUUCAAAAAUUUUAAAAAUUCAAGAUCAACAUUUUCCAAUUACUAAAAUUGAAAAACCAAUUUUAGAUCAUAAUUUGUCUUCUCAAGAUUCAGUUGAAUGUUAA